AUGACGGGCGCUGAGCGCCGCCGUCACCCGGAUCACCUCGGUGCCAUGCCAGCCCGCUCGCCUCUGUCCCGUACGCCUUCGCCCGCCAGGCAAUUGCAUGCCUCUGCUUCCCACGUCCCACACCCGAGCAGAAGCUCCACGCUCGCGCAGAGGGCGAAUCAGCAUCCUCAUUUCGAAGGCUCCAGCUUCUCGACCAACCCCAACUUCUCUGCCGCAUUUGGCGCCACACCCAACUACGAGCUUCCUCCAGAAGGUCUCUUUGGCAACCCCGCACAUGACCCCUCUUCUUCCUCCGCCGCCUCUUCCUUCUGGCUCGCCGAGAAUCGCUCGCAGUCGGUGCCUCCCAGGAUAGCCAUCGACAGCAGCAAUGCCCGCAACACCGACCCGAGACGUGCUGUGCCCCUCAUCGAUACCAGCGGUCGUCCUCAUUCUCGAAGAGAGAGCCUCAUGGAAGAGGCCGAAAAGCGACCUACCAGCCCGCAUAUCACUUCGGCCACGCCCACUAGCGCUCGUCUCAACCAACCUUUCUCAGCGCAGCAUCACUCCAAGUCGCGGUCCAGCUCCUUCGUCGAGCAUGAUCCGCACACCGCCCGCCACGUCAGAGUCUCUGGCGUGCAACGUGUCGCCUCACCGUCCCCGAUCAGCUCGGGAAUCGGUGCUGCCGUCUCAGCAGCUGCUCAGUCUAUCAUGGACGCGGUGGCAGGCCGCUCUUCUCCCGUCACAGUGCGCGCAAAGCAAUCUUCGCAGGACGAACGAAGCAGCCAGAGCGAUGAUGAAGCAGGCAAAGGGCAUGGACGCAAAGCUACUGCCUCCACCGCCGCCCGCUUCACACCGUCCAUCCAUCAUCCACGACAUCAGCACGCUCAACAGUACGCACACUUCAACGACAAGGGCUACUAUCCUGCCGAAGCAUCACCUAGCAUCACGGCCGACAUUGCCUGGCGCGCCAGCAUCUCGGAAUCUCGCAGAGCUACUCCCGCCGCCUAUCGACCACGUCCCAACUCGGCUAAUCGGCGGAGGACCAGUCUGCAUGUCGAUCAGCAGCCCCUCGGCGGCGAAGAUAGCACCGACAUGCAGCUGCCAGGCGGUCACAAGUCUACGCACUCCUCCAUCAUGAUCGGUUCGCCCCUCGUCAUCCCACAGGCGCGCAGAGGUGCUGUCCGAUUACGACCCCGGCGCAAACGCAAGAUCGCACGCCAGAUCAAGCCGCAGCGAACUCUCCGACAAAACGUUCUGGUCUUCGUUUCGACCAUCGCUCACUUCAUCCGGCUACUCGCGUCACCACUCGAGGCAUCCCGACGAUUCAGAGAGUACUGCAUCGACACCCGCAUCGCCAUCGACGAGGCCUUCAGAGACCCACAGACGGGCAUGCGCAGCUUCUGUCCUCCCUGGCUGCAGGCAUACGUGCCGCUGCUCAUCUGGCUUGGCAUCAGUCUGAGCAGUACGGCUCUGGUCAUCACCUUCCACACCGAAGUGUUCGUCGGACUCGACCACAUGUCGACCUACUUGCAAGGUCUCGGGCUGUGGGGCAAGGUGAUGCUCGGCUCGCUCAUCUUUCUCACCACUUUCCCUCCACUGCCCCUCUACUCGACCCUCAUCAUGCUCUGCGGCUUUACUUUUGGUCUUUGGCAGGGCUUCAUCAUCAGCUACAUUGCGGCGCUUUCUGGUGCCAUCGUGGUGUUCGUCCUCAGUCGAUCCUUGCUUCGAGAGUGGAUGGUCGGUCUGCUCAACAAGAGCGGUGGUCUCAAGAAGGUAGUUCGCGCAAUCGAGAAGCAGCCCAAGCUGCUCUUUCUCGUUCGACUCGCGCCGUAUCCGUACAACCUGAUGAACACGCUGCUCGCCAGUUCACCAACCUUGACGAUGCGCACCUACGUGACCUGCACCGCACUCGCUCUGCCCAAGCUUCUCAUCCACACCGGACUGGGCACGUCGAUCAAGAACUUUGCUGCUUACAACGGCGCAGCGGAAGGACAGAGCAAGGAGGACGCCGAAGCUUCGCGCACCGCCGAAAACGUCAAGAAAUGGGCGGGCCUGAUCGGUGCCGGCCUCUGCUUCGGCAUCAUGAUCUAUCUCUUGUCUGUGGCAAGACGUGCGGUCGAUGACCUGGACGACGAAGACGAAGACGGCUUGGACGAUGAGCUGUAUGAUGACGAGAACGAAGCGCUGCUCUCUUCCGACGAGGACGAAGACGGUCACGACAGAGGAGACACCUACGAGCACGGCCCAGGAGUCGACAUGCGCGAACGAGCGGGCCCAUCCACCUUGGGCUUCCGCAACGGCUAUGCGCCUAUCGAGUCAUCUCCCGAGGAGCGCUUCCGCCAAAGCAUGCGUCAUCCCAUCGUCGCGCCUGGCCCGCUGGUCCUCCCCAAUGCCAGCUUCGAAGGUAUUUCUGGAACUGGAUCGUACGACGGCAGGAUCUCGCUCAGCAACAGCGGCUCGGGCGGCCAUCACUCGAUCGAUCUUGCCGACAAGAUUGCUGAGAUGGAGGCUCACGCGGAAAACAUGCAGUUCGAGUCGCCGUCGCAUCGCGGUGCAGAGGAAGAAGAGGUGGCCGUGGAGCUGGCCAUGGAGAGUCCAAAAUGGUCGCCUAUGAUCGCGAACUUGGAGGCGAGCGCGGAAACGAAUGACACCGUGCACGGAAAGCCGUUCAGCCUCGAUCAAGAGGACGAGCACGGAUAUCACCGUUAG